AUUGAGCGAUAAAUAAGAUUAAUUUUUUUUCAAUGAAUAAUGCGUAUCAACUUAUUGAAUAUAGGAGAUGAAUGUAAGUUGAAAAUUAAAAGGUCAUAAUUUGUAUUUUAAAUACUUGCAAGAAAAGAGAUGGAAAAAUGUCGAGAGUGGGGUUUUUAGUUUAAGAAGUACUUGACAUCAAAGCCGAUAUUUUAAGUACAGAAAUUGAAUUAUGGGUAAAAUCUGGAAUAAAAUCAACACUUUUAAAACAAGCAAUAAAAGCAUUAGCCCUUCCAACGGCUCUUCAGCGAAAAGAUUUUAAAGCUUUCGAAGGAUUACAGGCAAUUACAAUAUGUACAAUAUGUAAAGUUAUGGUAAAAACUAUAGUGACAUUAAGAAAAGGAGGAACUCCACCGGAAGUUAUAUCAAAAUCGAUUGCCGAUUUGUGUACACUUUUGAAUUUACAAACGGAAGAAGUUUGCUCCGGUGUUGUUCAAUUAAAUGCUCCAAUAAUUUUAAAAAUUGUGGACUCAAAAACAAAUAUCAAAGCAACGGAUAUUUGUGGUGUAAUUUUACAAAGUCAUGCGUGUUCGACAAGUAGCAGUGAAUAUGACUGGACAAUGGAAGUUGAUAGCAGUACUCCAAAAUUUAUUUCAACAAUGGAAAGUAAUAAGACGAUAAAAAUUCUUCAAAUUACUGAUAUUCAUUAUGAUCCGAAUUACGAGGUGAAUGGCAAUGCAGGUUGUGCUGAGCCGACAUGUUGUCGAAUGGGUCAAAAUUCCACGAAAAAUAAUGGAAAACUUGCUGGAUAUUGGGGAGAUUAUAAUAAUUGUGAUGCUCCUUGGCACGCCGUUGUCGAUGCUCUUAAUCACAUAAAAAAUACUCACACGGAUAUUGAGUAUAUUUAUUUUACUGGGGACAUUAUAGAUCAUGGAGUUUGGGAAACAACAACACAAGAUAAUGCAAAGACUUUGAUAAAAAGCUACAAUUUAAUUAAUGAAACUUUUCCGAAUAUGAUGAUAUUUCCAAUUCUGGGGAAUCAUGAACCGAAUCCAGUUAAUGUUUUUGCCCCACACGAUAUUGAGGAGGAAGAAUUGAGCACUGUUUGGCUUUACAAAUUAUUGGCGGAACUUUGGAUUAAUUACGGAUGGUUGCCGGAAUCGACACGAUCGACAAUUUUAAGAGGCGGAUUUUACACAGUUUCACCGAAAAAAGGAUUCAGAAUUAUUGCAAUGAAUAACAAUGUCUGCUACACAUAUAAUUGGUGGAUUUUGUAUCAACCGAAAGAUCAAGACAAUCAAUUGAAGUGGUUAAUGGAAACACUUCUUCAGGCGGAGAAGGACAGUGAAUUUGUUCAUAUUUUAGCUCAUAUUCCGCCCGGUGAUAAUUCGUGUUUAAUCGCUUGGAGUCGAGCUUUUCGAAAAAUUGUCGAUCGAUUUUCACACAUUAUUUCGGCACAAUUCAAUGGACAUACGCAUAAUGAUGAAUUAAAAGUUUUUUACAAUCCCAACGAUAAUUCCGAAAUAGUCAAUGUUGCAUGGAAUGGAGGAAGUAUCACGACUUACGCAAAUCUAAAUCCAAAUUACAAAAUUUACGACGUCAAUGGAGAUAACUAUAAAGUAGAAGACUAUGAGACGUGGAUUUAUAAUUUAAGUCAAGCUAACGAAACUCCUGAUCGAAAUCCUGAAUGGUUUAAAUUGUAUUCUUUCAAAGAGGAAUAUGAUUUAUCCGACACAUCUCCAAGUUCCCUGAAUGAAUGGCUCAUUGAGAUGUCUAAAGAUGAUAACAAAAUAUUAAAAUAUCACAAAAAUUUCGUCAAACAUGCAGAUCCAGCGCUGAGAGAAAGUUGCAAUUCCAAGUGUCUAAAGAAACAAUUUUGUUCCAUUGUCACAAGUCAAGUGAACAACAAUAAAGAAUGUACAUUUUUUGAAAAUUUGAACAAUCCAAUUUUUCAAAUGUUAAAUAAUACUGAAAUAGGAGUAUCCGUAAACAGCAUUCUUGGAAAAGUAAAAGGGACAAUUUUCGGUUAAAAAGAGAAAUUCAAUUUUUUUUUCUUUGAAAAUAAAUUUUCAACUUGAAAAAUAAGAUCUGUUUCGAUUUGAAUAUCGAAAAAAAAAUAAUAAUUAAGUUUCCAUUUUGUACAAAAAUUUGACUGAGAAAAAAAAUGCUUUAUAAGCUAAGAUUUUUUUAUAAUAAAAUUAUUUUUCACAGUA